AUGUGGACAGUCUUCAGCCUGGUUCUUGUCAGCUCCCUUUUUGUACUCAAAAGUGAAGCACUGCAGUGUUACACCUGUGUAGGUUCCAAUGAUGAAGACUGUAACAGACAAGGAACUCAGCAAUGUCCAGGGCAUUCUGAUGCGUGUGCGAUCAUUAGAGGACAAGCAAGUGGCAUGAUGAAGUCCUGCUCGUUCCGGUCCUUCUGCGAGCGGGCAAAGAGGGAUGGAUCCAAGGCACCUGGAAUGAGCGUUCACUGCUGCUACUCCAACAACUGCAAUGCAAAAAGCCUGGCUGUGAGAGUCACCACCUGCACAAGCUACAUCUCUCUCCUCCUCUUUACAUUGCUGUGGCACCCCUUGUUGAGGCUGACAUGA